AUGGAGUUCUUAUUGAAGCAUGAAUAGAAAGCUCUUUUUCUGGACAGACCAGGUCCUGACAGCUGCAGACUGACAACAUUCAUGGGAAGAAGUUGAGUUUUGUUUCUUUUGUUAGGUGGCUGCAGUUCUUAUCAACAUGAAAAGGACAUAUCAGAGACCACACUCCCCUAAACCUGAACCUGAACCCAGUUUUGUGUCUUUAAAGAGCGACAGGUCUCUGGGUCGCCUCAUUGAUUUUAAAGAGCAACAACACUCUGCUACAAAGAAGACCCAUCAGAGACCAGACUCCCCUGAAGGGGAAUGCAGUUGUGUGUCUUUAAAGAGCGACAGGUCUCUGGGUCGCCUCAUUGAUUUUAAAGAGCAACACUCUCCUACAAAGAAAGUGGACCAGGAGAGCUCAGAGGUUCCCAGUGGUCAGUCUGCCCAGCAGCAUCAAACACACCUGGACUCCAUAUUUAUGCUGCUGGAGGAGAACAUCGUCACUUUUGUGAAGAAGGAGCUGAAGAAGAUGCAGAAGGUUCUGAGUCUAGAUUACCCAGAAUGCUUAGAGAGUCAGAGGGAGGAUGAGGAGGUGUUGGAUGGUGAGGAUGAGGAGCAGAGGAGGAGCAGCAGAGAGGAGUUUCUGAAGAUCACACUGAACUUCCUGAGGAGAAUGAAGCAGGAGGAGCUGGCUGACUGUCUGCAGAGCAGACAUUUUGCUGCAGUUUGUCGACGUAAACUUAAAUCUAACCUGAAGAAGAAGUUCCAGUGUUUGUUUGAGGGGAUCUCUAAAGCAGGAAACCCAACCUUUCUGAAUCAGAUCUACACAGAGCUCUACAUCACAGAGGGAGGGACUGGAGAGGUCAGUGAUGAACAUGAGGUCAGACAGAUUGAAACAGCAUCCAGGAAACCAGACAGACCAGAAACAACCAUCAGACAAGAAGACCUCUUUAAAGCCUCACCUGGAAGAGAUGAACCAAUCAGAACAGUGAUGACAAAGGGAGUGGCUGGCAUUGGGAAAACAGUCUUAACACAGAAGUUCACUCUGGACUGGGCUGAAGACAAAGCCAACCAGGACAUACACUUCACAUUUCCAUUCACUUUCAGAGAGCUGAAUGUGCUGAAAGAGAAAAAGUUGAGCUUGGUGGAACUUGUUCAUCACUUCUUUACUGAAACCAAAGAAGCAGGAAUCUGCAGGUUUGAAGAGUUCCAGGUUGUGUUCAUCUUUGACGGUCUGGAUGAGUGUCGACUUCCUCUGGACUUCCACAACACUGAGAUCCUGACUGAUGUUACAGAGUCCACCUCAGUGGACGUGCUGCUGACAAACCUCAUCAGGGGGAAACUGCUUCCCUCUGCUCACCUCUGGAUAACCACACAACCUGCAGCAGCCAAUCAGAUCCCUCCUGAGUGUGUUGACAUGGUGACAGAGGUCAGAGGGUUCACUGACCCACAGAAGGAGGAGUACUUCAGGAAGAGGUUCAGAGAUGAGGAUCAGGCCAGCAGGAUCAUCUCCCACAUCAAGACCUCACGAAGCCUCCACAUCAUGUGCCACAUCCCAGUCUUCUGCUGGAUCACUGCUACAGUUCUGGAGGAUGUGUUGAAAACCAGAGAGGGAGGAGAGCUGCCCAAGACCCUGACUCAGAUGUACAUCUACUUCCUGGUAGUUCAGACCAAACUGAAGAACAUCAAGUAUGAUGGAGGAUCUGGGUCAGAUCCACACUGGAGUCCAGAGACCAGGAAGAUGAUUGAGUCUCUGGGAAAACUGGCUUUUACUCAGCUGCAGAAAGGAAACCUGAUCUUCUAUGAAUCAGACCUGACAGAGUGUGGCAUCGAUAUCAGAGCAGCCUCAGUGUACUCAGGAGUGUUCACACAGAUCUUUAAAGAGGAGAGAGGACUGUACCAGGACAAGGUGUUCUGCUUCGUCCAUCUGAGUGUUCAGGAGUUUCUGGCUGCUCUUCAUGUCCAUCUGACCUUCAUCAAGUCUGGAGUCAAUCUGCUGUCAGAAGAACAACCAACCUCCCAGAAGUCUAAACUGUUCAGAGACAAAUCAACACUUUUUUACCAGAGUGCUGUGGACAAGGCCUUACAGAGUCCAAAUGGACACCUGGACCUGUUCCUCCGCUUCCUCCUGGGUCUUUCACUGCCGACCAAUCAGAUUCUCCUACGAGGUCUGCUGACUCAGACAGGAAGUGGCUCAGAGACCAAUCAGGAAACAGUCCAGUACAUCAAGAAGAAGGUUGAAGAGACUCCCUCUGCAGAGAAAAGCAUCAACCUGUUCCACUGUCUGAAUGAACUGAAUGAUCGUUCUCUGGUAGAGGAGAUCCAACAGUCCCUGAGUUCAGGACGUCUCUCCACAGAUAAACUGUCUCCUGCUCAAUGGUCAGCUCUGGUCUUCAUCUUACUGUCAUCAGAAAAAGAUCUGGACGUGUUUGACCUGAAGAAAUACUCUGCUUCAGAGGAGGCUCUUCUGAGGCUGCUGCCAGUGGUCAAAGCCUCUAACAAAGCUCUACUGAGUGGCUGUAACCUCUCAGAGAGAAGCUGUGAAGCUCUGUCCUCAGUUCUCAGCUCCCAGUCCUCUAGUCUGAGAGAUCUGGACCUGAGUAACAACAACCUGAAGGAUUCAGGACUGAAGACUCUGUCUGUUGGACUGAAGAGUCCACACUGUUCACUGGAGACUCUCAGUCUGUCAGGCUGUCUGAUCACAGAGGAAGGCUGUGCUUCUCUGGUCUCAGCUCUGAGAUCCAACCCCUCCCAUCUGAGAGAGCUGGACCUGAGCUACAAUCAUCCAGGAGACUCAGGAGUGAAGCUGCUGUCUGCUGGGCUGGAGGAUCCAGACUGGAGACUGGACACUCUCAGGGUGGAGCCUGGUGGAGUCCGAUGGUUGAGACCAGGUCUGACGAAGUAUUCCUGUCAACUCACAAUCGACACAAACACAGUGAACACAAAGAUCAAACUGUCUGACGACAACAGGAAGGUGACACUUGUGGAUGAGGAUCAGUCAUAUCCUGAUCAUCCAGACAGAUUUGAUCAGUGUCCUCAGCUGCUGUGUAGAACUGGUCUGACUGGUCGCUGUUACUGGGAGGUCGAGUGGAGAGGAAGGGUUUAUAUAUCAGUGAGUUACAGAGGAAUCAGAAGGAAAGGAGACAGUGACUGUGUGUUUGGGAGGAACGAUCAGUCCUGGACCCUGUACUGCUCUGGUGGUGGUUACUACUUCUGGCACAGUAGCAGAGGAACAUCCAUGUCCUCCUCCUCCUCCUCCUCCUCCUCCUCCUCCUCCUCCUCCUCUUCCUCCUCCACCUCCUCCUCCUCCUCUGUCUCUAACAGAGUAGCAGUGUAUGUGGACUGUCCUGCUGGCUCUCUGUCCUUCUACAGAGUCUCCUCUGACUCUCUGAUCCACCUCCACACCUUCAACACCACAUUCACUGAACCUCUGUAUCCUGGGUUUGGGUUCUUGUCCUUGUUCUCUCCUGUUUCCUCAGUGUCUCUGUGUUCAGUGUAGCAGAGUCUGAUAGUUCAGUCUGUUCAUGUCUGUCUCUGUCACUCAAACAUGUUUUCAGAUUAAAUAAAGUAAAUAAUUAAGUUUUAUUGUGACAUUCCAUUAUAAUGUCUGUGUGGUCAGGUAUUUGUAUUCAGAGUUACAACAGUGUUUUACAAUCACACAAUCAUCCAAAACUUCCAUGAUACAGAUUUUUCAAAACCCUUUUUCCUGUUUUGUCGCCUGGAUUCACAAAUUUUAUCAAAUUUAUGAAUGUGGAGAUGAGAAUAAAACCAUGA